AUGUCGCAGUUCCAUGAUACUUUCACGCGCGGUAGUCGUACGGAUCCGUUAUUAUCCUACGACGACUUCGCGUCGCGCGUUUUCACAAGUGGGUUUUUGGCGUGUUUUUUAGUUCCAAUUACCAUUUAUUGUAUAUACCAAUGGACUGGGCCUAGGCGUAAUUCUGUGGAAUCCAAAUUUAAACUUAGAGAUAACCACGUCGAAUCCAGGUCGUCAUCAUGUUUCCAUUGCGGGUGUUCUUUCUGCCGCAAACGGAGAGAAGCAGAGCGCAAUCGCAAGUUCGUUGUGGAAGAUUACCUAAAUACUAGACGCAUAUUGCAAAUUCUUGCGCUAGCGUUUUUCUGGUAUCUGGUAUUCUACCUGAUCAAAGGCAUCGAUACCUCAAAAAAUAUUAAGAGGUUCGAUCCUUUCGAAUUCCUCGGUAUUAGCGUUGGGGCGACUAAGAAGGAGAUUCAGAAGGCAUACAGACAUAUGUCUCUGCGGUACCAUCCUGAUAGAAACCCCAAUGACCCGGAGGCUGCAGCGCAUUUCAUCCUGGUUACAAAGGCUUACAAAACCCUUACCAAUGACAAAUUCCGACAGAACUACGAGCGUUACGGGAACCCUGAUGGUCCUGGAAUGAUGAAAAUCGGUAUCGGUUUGCCGCGGUUUUUGGUUGAUGUAGACAACCAAGUACUAAUUCUCACACUUUUCUUUAUCGUACUUCUUGUGGUGAUACCUGGUAUCUUCUUCUACUUCUAUCGCAACCAGAAGCGUUACACUGCUAUGGGCGUGCGUCUGGAAACGCUACAGUUGAUUUAUUACGCAAUCUCGGAGAACACGAGGCAAAAGGUGUUACCUGAGAUCUACGCCUGCUCAACGGAGUGUGCUGCAGUGCCGGUGACCUCUGAGGACGAGGCUCUGUUGCGCAAAUUUGUUCAAGACGUUGGCGAGAUUAAGAAGAAGAAUAGUACGAAGGAAACGCUUCGCAACUUCAUCUUGCUGCUCUGCCACAUGAACCGAAAUGAAGAACUGCCUCCGCAGCUCAAGGUGAUCCAAACAGAGCUGCUGAAGUAUACGAUUUUGAUAACGCAGUGUAUGUUAGAUGUCGCUCUUUGUCGCCGUUGGAUGAUUACCACAAAAUCGAUCAUUGACUUCAGGCGUUGCCUGAUACAGGCGUUAGCAGGCCGACGUGAUGCUUACUACCAGAUACCUCAUGUUAAUGAGGAAUGUGUGAGCCACAUCCAACGCAGCAAAACUGGUGGUAAGAGUCUUGGGGACUAUAUAGCCAUGCCAAUGGAGAGUAAAAAGGGGCUGGCAGGUAUGAGUGAAAGCCAACUUGCCGACGUAGCCGCCUUCUGUAAUUUUUUCCCGCAGAUCGACCUUAAGGUCGACGUAUACGUACAUGACGCCGCUGAUAUCUGUGUGGGAGACAUCGUCACAUUCCAAAUCACGAUCACUCGACUUAACAUGCCUAAGGAGUGUGACCUCAUUGGUCCGGUGCAUUCUCCAUUUUUCCCUUGGGUGAAAUACGAAGAAUGGCUCAUCCUCUUAAGUUUUGGCGAGCAAGAUGACAAGCUACUGGCGUUCAGCAUAUGUACAUCUCGUGAGCGCGUGAUCACUGAGAAGAUCUCUGUGUUAGCUGAGAGACCAGGUCCUCAUUCGGUGCUUGUUACUGCUAUGUCUGACAGUUACUUUGGUUGCGAUAAGAGCUCUAAAGUGAAUUUCACGGUCAAUGUACCAACUGAAUCAAACGAAUUCAAGGUGCAUCCCGAUGACUUAGCCCUCGACAAUGAGCCGUCUGCCAUCGGGAAGAUGUUAGGUGAUCUUUUGGGUGAUGAGGACAGCGAUGAGGAAGAAGAGGUGAUCGACGAUUGA